AUGGACGAUACUCACGACUACGCAAAGCUUAUCAAGCGAGGACAGCCAGAUUUUAUCGAAAUUAAGGGAGUAACCUACAAUGGCGACGGACCAGGCAAAGACAAGAUGACGAUGAAAAGCGUACUAAGACUUGUUGAAUUUUUUGUUGUAUCAUCGGAUGUGAUCGUCCCCUAGGGAAGACGUUUCCUUCCUAAACCUCUCCAAAUUAAUCCCGUGGCACCCGGGGCCAGUGGUUCAUAGUUUUUGUUGGACAGUAACGGAGAUUAGUUUCUGAUGAAGCGGAUUGUUUUUCCAUUUGCCUUAUAAUUACCUUAUAAUUAGCGAUUACUACGACGAUCCCCACCCACAGGUCCCGUGGCACCCGGAAGUGGUUGCGUUCGGCAAAUCAAUCCUCGAGUAUGAAGGUCUGUCAGACGACUAUGAACUAGCUUGCGAGCACGAGCACUCUCUGAUCAUUUUGCUCGCUAGGAAGAGUUUCUACGACAAGGAGAAGCACGAGUGGCGAACGCACAUAGAUUAUUCGCGCUACAUCGAGCUCGUGGAGUCUGGAGAGUGGCGAACCAAGACCAGUCUCGACUAUGCGUGCUCGACACCAAGUUGGGCGCUUUCCGGUUCGCCGGAGAAGGGGUUUGAUCCGAAGGAUACGCGAGUUUAUAGGAAGAAAAAAGACAAAUCUGCUGCCGUAGGGGAUCUCGCAGAGGGGACAUCUGCAAAUACUGGCGCGGCUGGUGGUGCUUGAGUGGUCACCAGUCGAAUAAGAGACCCUUGAUGUCAACAUUCAUUUUCUAAUUGUUUGUUAUCAUGUUGGAGUAGAAUAGAACUACCCUAUAAAAUGUCUUUGUUUUUAGACCUAUCGUUCAUAUGUAUCAUACGACUCAUGCGACCCCUAGCACAAAGGAGUGUCAAUCUAAGGUAGAAUAUCAACAGACCUCAAGAGGAGUGUCAAUCUAAGGUAGAAUAUCAAGAGGCCAAUCAGACGCAUAAUACUCAAGGCGAUAGCAUCUUCGAAAAUUUCGAAAAAAGGUUCCAAGAAGGGCCGACAGAUUCACAGUAGUCCAUUUUGGUCUUCUAUAUCGCUUGGCUCUACGACCACAGGAGGUACUGUUUUUGAGAAAACGACAAAUCACAUCUGGAGUUUGCUCUUCUCGUCUACCCCAAACUAAAAAUGCUGUGAUUUGCUCAAACAGACAUCGACGAGG